CCGGCCUUGGGGUUACUUCCUCUUUCGUGAACGCGGCUUAAGUCUCUCACGCGUUGACAGUUUUUUAAAAUCCUUACACCUAUCUCGAGGGAAUUUUUGUUUUUAAUGCCGUCAUCAACUACCUGAAAUUUGAAUCGUUUUGCUUUCCCAUCACCGUGGAACCUUGCCUUUCACUCUGAGGUACGUGUCUCCGAAGAGUUGGCACCCGUCCGUGGUGCAGGUCUCGCGAGAAGGCGACAUCUCUCGCGUUACUUCCUUGUUUCCAGAAUCCUUAGCGCGAAGUGGGAAAACACUUACUUAGCUCAGCUUUUUAUGAUCACUGCGGUUUCUUCAGUGGCUUCCCUGUUGGUUCUCCGUGACAAAUGGCGGCUUCGGAACAGCCGCUGCCGUUGUCGAGAGGAUGUCAGAGCUCUGCUUCGCUUUCUCCGCCGCGGGGCGACCGAACCCUUCUAGUGAGGCACCUGCCAGCCGAGCUGACUGCUGAGGAGAAAGAGGACUUACUGAAGUAUUUCGGGGCGCAGUCCGUGCGCAUCCUGUCCGAUAAGGGGCGACUGAAACAUACAGCUUUUGCUACUUUCCCUAAUGAAAAAGCAGCUAUAAAGGCAUUGACAAGACUUCAUCAACUGAAGCUUUUAGGUCAUACUUUAGUUGUUGAAUUUGCAAAAGAGCAAGAUCAGGUUCAUUCACCAUGUCCUUCUUCAAGCACUGAAAAAAAGAAAAGGUCUGAUGAUACUGUGGAAGAUGAUAAAGAAAAGAAAGAACUUGAUUGUUUAACCAUAGAAAAUGGAAUUGCACCAAACCAUGGGCUGACUUUUCCUCUAAAUUCAUGCCUCAAGUAUAUGUACCCACCACCUUCAAGCACAAUUCUAGCAAACAUAGUAAAUGCUUUGGCAAGUGUGCCUAAGUUCUACGUACAGGUGCUUCAUCUUAUGAAUAAAAUGAAUUUGCCCACACCUUUUGGACCAAUUACUGCAAGGCCUCCCAUGUAUGAGGACUAUAUGCCACUACAUGCUCCUCUUCCACCUGCAUCUCCUCAGCCACCGGAGGAACCUCCUUUGCCAGAUGAGGAUGAGGAAUUAUCUAGUAAAGAAUCAGAAUAUGAAAGCAGUGAUGAUGAAGACCGUCAAAGAAUGACCAAACUAAUGGAACUAGCAAAUCUUCAGCCCAAAAGACCAAAAACAAUAAAGCAGCACCACGUGAGAAAAAAGAGAAAAAUAAAGGAUAUGUUGAAUAUACCAUCAUCUGCUUCACACGGUUUACAUCCAGUGUUGUUACCUUCGGAUGUAUUUGACCAACCACAACCUGUAGGUAAUAAAAAAAUUGAAUUCCAUAUAUCUACCGACAUGUCAGCUGCAUUUAAGAAAGAUUUAGAAAAAGAACAAAAUUGUGAAGAACAAAAUUUUGACUUACCUGCUUCUGAAGUUGAUGCAUCCAAUAUAGGAUUUGGAAAAAUCUUCCCAAAACCAAAUUUGAGCAUCGCAGAGGAGAUUAAAGAAGACUCUGAUGAAAUGCCAUCAGAAUGUAUUUCUAGAAGGGAGUUGGAAAAGGGCAGAAUUUCUAGAGAAGAAAUGGAAACACUUUCAGUUUUUAGAAGUUAUGAACCUGGUGAACCAAACUGUAGAAUUUAUGUAAAGAAUUUAGCUAAACAAGUUCAAGAAAAGGACCUUAAAUUUAUUUUUGGAAGAUACGUUGACUUUUCGUCAGAAACACAACGCAUAAUGUUUGAUAUACGCUUGAUGAAAGAAGGUCGCAUGAAAGGACAAGCUUUCAUUGGACUUCCAAAUGAAAAAGCAGCAGCAAAAGCAUUAAAGGAAGCUAAUGGAUACAUUCUUUUUGGAAAACCUAUGGUGGUUCAGUUUGCUCGAUCUGCUAGACCAAAACAAGAUUCUAAAGAAGGAAAAAGAAAGUGUUAAAAAUUAGUAAAGAAGCAUUCCUGCGUAAAUACUGCUGUAAUACUGUCAUACAAAGUGUAUCCUUUCUUGUCGUAUCCUUUUUGGGGCAGUGUUUUUUUGAUUUUCCUGCAAAUGUUUUGUCUCUCCCCAACCCAUUGAUCCAGUUUAAGCAGUAAUUUUUUUACAAUGUAUUGAAAUGAAGUAUUUUAAAAAUUACCUGUGUUGAUUGAACAAAUCUUUUAUGUGGUUUUUAGAUUUCUUGCUUAAUUUUCUGUGCUAUCCUUUAGGUUAUGUAGUUUUCCCAGGGAAAGUUAGUGAAUCAGGUCAGCUUUUUACUUGGACAGUGUAUACAUUUGCUUUAACACAAAUUUUAUUCUUGUUUCUUCUAUUUUGUAUUUUCUAAACCUAAUUCAGUAACAUAUGUUUUCUUUUUCAUGAUGUAUCUGGUUUAGGUGUUCUAUAUAUAUAAUGUGUUGUAAAAUUUGAUUGGGUUUUUUUUUUCCUAUUGAAAAGUACAUUUGUUAAAAAUUUAAAUAACUAGAUUUCAAUGUAAAUUCCAAAUAAGAGUAGCAGACCUUACAUCUGAGGUUUUAUUAUUGAGAUAGCAAGUAGAAGUAUCUUUUUUCCUCUUUCUUUUUCUAAGCAAAGUAAAACAAAAGGAAUAAGAAAAGAGUAACAGAAAGGAGAAUACAUAAUGUUGACUCAGGGUAGCUCAAUAAGUGGAAAGAAAAAUUCUGGUAGGUAUGUAAGAGGAGACUAGUUGAUAACCAGAACCACCCAAACAGUGGUUCUCAGUUUUAGCUGCAUACUGGAAUGACUUGUGGAACUUUUUCAAAAAAUACUGACUAAAGAAAACUAUAAUAAUAAACUAAAAAAUAUACAGAUGCCUGGGUUUCUCCCCCAGAGUUUUGAUUCAGUGGUCUGGAUUGCAGCAUACAUAUUAGGAUUUUCAGCUUUCCCAAAGUAUUGGUUCUAAUGUGCAACCAAGGUUGAGAACUACUGAGGAUGGAUUUUUACACAUAAAGAUUCCUGGACUCUGCCCUAGAGCUAAUAAAUCAGAAUCUCUGGAAUUGGGACCAAGAAUCUAAUUUAAAAAGGUCCCUUAGUAGUUCUAAGGACUGACCAGUUUGGAUUCUACUUGUUAGAUUAAAAUGUCAAGGUGGAUCCGAGACACCAACCUAACCAUCUAAACUUUUAUAAGUAGGAAAAUAAAGCACUGGAGGCUUUACAUUUCUUUCUUGCAAAUCCUGCUAUAAAUAGUACUAUGAAACCAAUGAAAAAUUCUGUUAAUCAUUGUCACUCUGAGUACAAAAAGUUAAGAGAUACUGAAAUUGCUGUUACUUUUUUCUAUUGGCACAGUUAAAAUGUUUUAUUUUUUAAUGUUAUAAAUCAGUUUCUGUGUAAGCUGUUUAUUUAGACAACUAAAAUUUUGUACUGACAUGAUUCACUAAUUUUCUAAAUAUAAAUGUUUUAGCUUUUAGUUAUUUUAAAACUAGUGAACUGUUUUAUAAUCGUGAUUACUUUUAAUGAAUUUCUAUGGUAUUUUAGGUUCCAUUUGAAUUUUUCAUAUAUCUCAAGUGCUUUCCAACUCUGUGGAGACGAAAUUGACCACCUGGACUAUGGAACUGUGCGUAACAGCUUUUAAAGUGUAUUUAAAAAUUAAAACUAUAUGCAUUUAAAUCAGUUUAUUAGAGAUAUAUCACAUGUAUUUUAAUCAUCUUCCUCAUAUAUAAUAAAUCAUUUUCUUUCCAAUAAAAUAAUCUUAAUUUUUCUUUAUGUUUUAUACAUCAAAGAAAGUAUAAUUUGAUAAUUACAUCAAUUUUUUAUUAAGUGGCUUUAUAUUAAAUAUAAAUUUUCUUUUAUGAUUACAAAUAUUGCCCUUUUUUUCAUUCUUACCUGGAUACUGAUGCACUUAACAUUUUUUUUUUAUAGUAAUCUUAUUUCUUGUAAUUAUUCUAGGAGUGGUUUUGAUUGGCUAUGAGUUUUGAUGAUUCUUUUUGUUGUUGAUUUUGUUUUUGUGUUUUUUUAGUAGUGGGGGAUUUUUCACAGUUUAGGGAAUUUGUAUCCUUGCCCUAACUUAGUCUUCCAGUUUUGUGUCCCCCGAUCUAUCAGAAUGUCACUCAGUGGUGUAAAUGUUUCUCAUAUAAAAUUAUUCUGUUCCCUUAGUGAAAUUAAUUUUAGCUCUCUGUUAAGUAUGAAACUUUGAUAUGUUUUAUUUAAUUUGCUCUGAUUGAUACUCUCCUGUGAGUAUGUAAUAACAGUUUUACCUUAGAGUCACAUCUUUGUUGGAAUGAUGUUGUGAAUCAUAGCUUCUUCCCUUUUACUCAUAGCUUUGUGAAAUAAGGCAAAUGAGAAACUUAAAGAUAGGAAUUAGAAGAAUGAGAAUGUGAACCCUGGAACAUAUUAACAUUUAGAUGUCAAGUGGUAAGAAAACAUCAAAGAAGAAUGACUAGGAAUAGGUAGAGCCAAAUGAAGAAAAAAAUCUCAACUAGGAAGGAAUGAUUAAACAUGUCAGGUCUGUUAAUGAUGCAAGAAAGAUGAGUUCUGAAGACAACUCUAUAAAGUCUUACUCUCUAGGGAAGUAGAGAAAGGGUCUGUUAUUAUAGGGGGGUGUGGUAUCAAGGUUUUUGUUUUUAUUUUAUUUUAUAAAGAUUGAAGAUAUAGCAGAUUUAUGUGUUAAUAGGACUAAGCUAGUAGAGAACAUGAUGGAAGAAGGAGAGGAAUAUUGCUGGAGCCAUAGAUGUGGUGUACAAAUAGAAGGGUUAGUUUUAAAGAUGGGUGUGUAAACAGCUCAUUAAUAGCAGUGGAAGGAAGGACAGAUUAUGUAUGUCUAGGUAUUUGCAUUUUAGUACAUAUAGUGGGAGCAUAUAAAAGUUUUGUUACAUUUUGUCAGUGAAAUAGGAAGCAAGGUCAUGAAGUAGAGGGAAGAAGUGUUGGGGAAAAAUGGAUUGAGGAAAGAAAAGAAGAUGUAAAAUAGAUGUUUAGGAAAAUGAGAGAAUGACUAGACUCUUAGAAGAAUUGCUAGACGUUACUUAAAAUGCAUACUUGAAGUCCAUGGUUAUUAAUUUAAGUGAGAUCAGUCAACAUGGUUUUGUGUUUUUCUCCAGUUAAGUUUAGCCUUGGUCCUAUCAUUGAGUAGACACAGAGUCAAAUGAUUAAAGUUGGAAUUUUCCCAGGUGAAUACAACAAAAAGGGAGAAAGGGAAGUGUGUUGCUAUAAUCAAGAGAAUGAUGAUGAAGGAGGGAUAUGGAAAGUAAUCUGGUAAUGAACAAAUUAAUAAAAGGAAGGAGUUUGAGGCACAGUGGAGAAAUGGUAUGAUCCAUUGAGAUUGCAGUGUGGUUGAGGAUGAGCAAAUUAAUGAGCAAAUUAAUAAUGAGCAAAUUAAUAAAAGGAAGAAGUUUGAGGCACAGUGGAGAAAUGGUAUGAUCCAUUGAGAUUGCAGUGUGGUUGAGGAUGUGUUGUAGUUAAUUUCUAGAGGUAGGAAAUUUGGGAGGUUGAAAUAAGAGAAAGGGACUGAAAUUGACAGUAUUAGAGUGCAGUAAUUAGUGACUAAGUUCACAUUCUAGAACGUGAACAUGGUAGUUGAAUGCAAGUGGGGUCAUGGAAAGAGAUGAAUUGAAGAAAUUGAGAAACUCAGGUAUUGAAAGGAUCAUCUAAGUGGAUUUUGAAAUUAUCAAAAAUUACGACAGGAGUAGUGAAUCAAAAGCUAAAAAAAUUAUUCCUUAGAACAUUUAGAUCUGUCAGGUAUGCCAAAAACUAAUAUUUUUAAAAAUCAACCUAAAUAAAACUCUGGAGUCCCUAUCCUUCCACAGUGACAGGAAUUUCAGCCUAACUAGUUUACUGAGAAAUAGUGUAUUAAAGUGGUUUUACAGGUAUAGGUUCUAAAUUCAAAUCUUGUGUGUAUAGCUUAAUUGCUUUAUGGCGUUGGGCAAGUUCUGUACCUUUUUUUCCGUUUCCAUGCGGAUAGUAAAAAUACCUACCUCAGGGUUGUUGUAAAGAUGAUCAGAUGAAUAUAAAAUACUUAACCCUGGUGUGUAUAUAUAUAUAUAUAUAUAAAAAAUACAUAUAUAAAAUCUGGUAUUUAUAUUUCAUAUAAUAUAUAUAUAAAAUCUGGUAUUUAUAUAUUAUAUAUAUAAUCAAGUUUUCAAUAAACAUUAGCUGUCAUGGUGGUGGUUGUGGUGGUUCUCAACUCACCUGGUCCUGAAGGUGAUGUAAAAAUUCCGAGGUCUUAGAUAAAACUUUAGUCAUCUUUCCACCAUGAUCAUCACUGAGAUGCCCAGAUUCUUCCUUGCCACACUUAGGGAGCAUGAGACUAUUUUGAUAAGUUUAGGAUCUUUGGUGUCUAUGAAUUAACCUUUUUAUGGAUAACGCACAUUCCAACCCCAUGACUACUUCAUAAACUGAGCAUGUGCCUCAAGUAAGUAAAAUUAGAAAGAUUUCUAGGACUUGUACAGAAACUGCCCCCAACCCAUGAGUUUUUUAAAAAGUCAUCAUGGAAUUGGAGAAUUACUUAUAAUUUGAUCCCACAGCAAAAGCCCUAAUAGCUAGUCUGUCAUUGAAUUUUUCAGUUACUUUAAACAGUAAGUACCUUUUUCUUUUUGCUGGAGGGAUUUGGCACACUGGUCAAGUGUGGGUCAAAUAUGUCACCUCUGAGGUGAGAAGUGAAGUUUCAUAUAAACCACAUGAAAGGAGAGUUGGGAAUGACUUGUUCUCUAAAGGAAAAGCAAAGCACUGUGAAAUCAAAAGAGAAACUUAGGUAUUAGGCAGGCAAAAGCAAAUGUUUUACUACAAUAUACAGUAUAUAAAACUCUUACUGCCGUGUGGUUGUUUUCCAUUUAUGCCUUUUACAAUGGCAGGGACUAGUGUAUAGGGAGGGAGGCUCCUAGGGUGUAAAAUUUCAGGAGGCAUAUGCUCUCAGAGUAACUUCACCCUAGUCAUGAACAGCAUCAGCAUAAUCCUGAUUAGGUAAAUCACCAAAUAAAAAGUAGUAGCAUACAAGUUGCUGUUUUAGAGGAUUUGGAAGGUAUUUUCUGUUCAAAUGAGACUCCUUCAAAAAUCAAUGUUGAGAGAGAUUAAGUCUUUGAAAGGAAGUAAGGGAAAGGAAUCAAUACCUAUUAAGUAUCCAAAAUUCAAAAAGCAUAGUACUGAAUGCUUAGGUAUAGUAAUUUGAUCUUUACCACCCUGUAAGAAGAGAACACUUGCCUUUGUGAGUAAUGGAGAAGUUUAAUAAAAUUAGUAAGAUACUUUGUUACAUUUAAUUUCCUUUACUAAUGCAUGUAAAAUGAAAAAGAGACUUCAGUAGGACUGUUCAGUAGAUGAGAGCUAACUACAUGUGUUAGGCACAUAAAAGAUAGAACUGAUGAUUCUCAGAAAUAGAAUUCCCACCCCAAGAACUUAAACUACUAUAUAUUCUACUCUGGCAUUUCCUGAAAGCAAACUGUAGUAGAGAUACAGCAGUCACACAAAGGCCAGUAUAGGGAAUCUAAAAUAAACAACAAAGACUCACCGAAUAUGGAAAAAGUACCAGGAAAGAGAGAUCCUUUACAUAGUAAGCAUAAGCUUUAAUGCCAUGGGGAAAAACUGGGAGAUCAAAUGAGGUAUCUAUGAUUUAAUAUACAAAGAUUUAAAGGGAUUAUAUUCUUUUAAAAAUAUAUGUGUAUAUUUAUACAUAUCAGAAAUGAGUAAAAGGUAUUUGACUACACAGGAAAUUUUAUUUUUUUAAGUUAUGGUAUAGUAUCAAUAUACCACUUUUAUACUACUUAUAUACCAGGAUCUUUGAAAAUCUAAGAAUUCCAGAAGAAAAUCUGAGUAACUGAUUAAUUUCUUUAUUGUUUAAACCUUUUCAGAGCUUAAUAAGAUACACAAAAUAUUAUCUAUUAUUUAUGAAGACUGACUAUCUUGCUAUGGAAGAAAAAGGUGGAAGGGAAAGAGAUUGAAGUUUGGGUAGUUCUGUAUAUAUUGGAUUUUUCUUUAAAAAAGAUAUCUGAAGACUAUUUUGUCUAAAUGUUAACAUCUGUUAAACCUGGGGCUUGGGAUAUGGGGUCUGUUAUAUUUUUUUUACACUUUUCUGUAUGACAAAUAUAUCACAUCUUAAAUGAAAAAUAAAAUAGUCAAACACCUCUAA